CCAUAAAUAAGUCACAGUUUAUUUUCAGCUCUUCGAGGAAUUUCUUCGCAUCUUCUUGUUAUUAUUUUGAUUUUAUUUUUAUUUCUUCUUGUAAAUACAAUUUUAAAGUCAAACAAUUUCAUGUAGUAUUGAACGAAAAAAAAAAUUAUGUAAAGUAGCACAAAUAAAAACAAGCCUAAUUCAACAAUCAAAACAAAAAUAUAAAAAUAAAACGCCUACGAACGAAACUCAUAACGGAGUACGAAAAAUAGAAAAUAUUAGUGAAAUUCAUAAAGCAAAAACACCAAAAAUAACUUUGCAAAAUAUAAAAAUAAAUUUUAGGUAUUAUUAAAAAAAGUCAUACAAAUGCAAGGCAUUAAAACACGAGCAACCAUUACGGCCGGUGCAGUGCCACAGCAAACAAAAACGACGAAUGCAACAGUGACGGAAGCUAGUAAAAUGUUAGAAGCUGCAUUACAACAAAUGGACGGUAUUAUUUCUAGCGCAGCGAUUAAUAAUGCUGGUAAUCAAGCUCAGUCAGGCGUAACAACGGAAGUUAGUAGUGGUGACGAACAUUUAACAAGCACAAUGCUCCCAUUACAUGAACGGAAUUUAAUUUCUGCUAGUAAUGUGCUUUCAACAGCAAAAACAUUGGCCUUAGCAUUGCAACAGGUUGGUUUUACUGCUCCACCACCAGAUCCAACAACGGCAUCCAUAAUAAGCGAUUGGCUUGAUACACAUAUCCCACGACAGGAUGCGGAUGAACGUCUGAGACGUUUGCAGAGGGAUAAAGAAUCACUUGCAUUACAGUAUCAAGCGCUAGUAGAACGUGUAUCGGAACAAGCAGAUAAAAUUAUUGAACUUGAAGGAUUACUGACUGAUAAAACUCAACAAUUAAGUGUGAAAGAAGAACAAUUACAACGCCAAAUGCUGUCACGUUCCACAUUGGAAACACAGAAACUUGAACUAAUGAGUGCAUUAAGUGAACUGAAGCUGCAUCGUGCCGCAUUAGAACGUGAAAAUGUUGAACUGAAAGAUGUUGAAUUAAAUCUAGCAAAUUUGAGCACAAAAAGCGCACCGUAUGGUAGUAUGGGUAAUUUAAAUGAAGGUCGAUAUUUGUCUGGUGCUGCGCCUAAAACACCACCAUCAUCUCUUCGACAUCAAAUUCAACCGCAAUUUCAUAGCUUGCCACGUUCACACGUAACAAAAGUUAGCAAAAACACUGUUAAUAACAACAACAACAAUCGAACUAUUGAUGCGAAUGCAAAUUCUAAAAGAAACGUUGCAUUUGCGUCUAACGAAAAAAUACUUAUUGAAGAUAGCUUUGGUGGUGAAAAUAAAGGAAGUGAUGCAAUGUAUGGCAGUUUCAUAUCAAAUACAAAUUCAACGCCCUCACCCAAUUUGCGUGAGCGUUCAGCAAAGGGGUUACGUAACAUAUUUGGUAAAUUGCGUCGCAGUAAUAGUGGAAAUCUGGAGUUGCCUGCUUUAGAACAAGCUGAAGCAGAAUUCAAACGUGGAGGUUCUCGUGCUACUGCAGGAGGUCGUAUUGAAUGGACAACGCAGACUUCACAACUAUCUACUUCAUCUAAAGGUUAUGUAGAUUGGACGCCACAAGAAGUUUGCAAUUGGUUAUGUGACUUGGGCUUAGGUUGUUAUGAAGAUGAUUGCAAAAAAUGGUUGAAAUCAAAUCCAACGGUUUGUUUUUUUACUGCUUCACCUGUUGAUAUCGAAAAAGAGUUAAACUUAAAAUCUACAUUACAUCGUAAAAAAAUUAUGCUUGCAGUUGAUUUAUUAACAGGAAAAGAAGAAGAUAGUUUGGGAAUGAAAGCUGCCAAUUUAGAUGUUAGUUGGGUUAUGCGUUGGUUAGAUGAUAUUGGUUUGCCGCAAUACAAAGAUACGUUUCUUGCAUCUAAGGUUGAUGGUUGUAUGCUACAUCGUUUAACAUUAGAAGAUUUGGCUCAACUACAAGUAAGUUCUUGUUUACAUAUUGCAUCACUCAGACGUGGUAUACAAUGCAUGCGUGAAAUGGAAUGGAAUCCCGAGUGCUUAAUACGUCGUUCAACUGUAAAUACAGCUAGUAAUGAUGCUGAUGAUAACACUGAUGCUGAAAUACAAGUGAAUACCAAUGAAUGUGUUGCUUUGUGGACAGCACAUCGUGUAAUGGAAUGGUUACGAGUUGCUGAUUUAUCUGAAUAUGCCCCAAACUUACGAGGAGCUGGUGUACAUGGUGCCUUAAUGCUUUAUGAACCACGAUUCAAUGCUAAUCUUUUGGCUGAUUUGUUAAGUAUACCGCCAAGUAAAACUCUAUUAAGACGACAUUUAGCUACACAUUUUAAGGAAUUACUUGGUCGAGAUGUUAUACAAAUUAAACGAGAUGCUGAAGCACAGCCAGGAUAUCAGUCUCUUACCAUGACAGCUAAAUUGAAACCACCAAAGAAAACACAGUUUUCACUAAAACGACGAAAAAGCUCAAAAAGCAAUACGGAAGUCGAGUGGACAGAUUAUGUUUGUCCAAUGUCGACUUUUUGCCUCGGAGAACAACAAAAUUUUAAUAGUUCAACUACAUCUUCAACGUCGACAAAUAAUUCAAAUUCGCUACAUUCGAACUGAUUUCAAAUUUAUAAAAUUAUAUAUUCACAAUUAAAUAAGAAGUUAUAUAAAUUCGUAUUUUUUACAAAUAUUUAGAAAAUCGACCUUAUUCAGUAUCCGUAACUUGGGUAUUAGAACAAAAUGUAAAUCCACUAAUUAUAAUACCACACAAUCUUAAAAUAGUUUAUACUAACUUCUCUUGUAAUUAAUUUAAUAUCUGUAUUUGUUGCUUUGUUGACUUAUGUUGCCAGUGAGUGUCAGUAGAUUGUGCGUAGUUAUCAAUUUAAAAACAACGUGAACCAAAUUAUGUAUAUUAUUUAAAAUAAAUGAAAUAAUUUAUUACAGUUUGUUUUUACCGUAAAUUUUUAUUAACAUUACAAUUUACAAAUAUUUUGAAAUUUUUUAAUUAUUUAAAAUGAACUUAGAUUGGUGUAAAAUAAUUUUGUGAAACUUAUAUUUAUGUUUAAUUAGUAAAUUAUUUUAACAUUAUUAAAUAUUGAAUUAUUUGAUUAUUUUAUAUUAUUCACUUCAUGCCCACCCUAAUUAAGUACAUCAUCUAUCCUAAAAUUGAACAAACAAAAGAAGCUAAUACACAAUAGUGUCUUCCAAAAUUUGUAUAUUUUGUAUUUUUAUAUAAAACAAAAUAACUAAAAAAAUUAUAUUCAAAACAUAACAUAAGCAGACCAAUUUUUUUCUAAAAUAAGAUAAAAAUGUAAUUGUAUUAAUUAUUGAAACAAUUGCUCAAAAUUUAUACAGUAAUAUAUUGUUAUUUAACUACUAAAAAAGCCCCUCAGACAAGCUGUACUGCCAUUAGUAUUAAAAAUGUAGUACUAAUAUGUUGUCUAAUAAUCAAAAUCAAAAUCAAGAAACCUUUUGCUAACAUAAGCAUUAAAAUGUUUACUAAAUUGAAAAGUGUGUUAUAAAUUUGUACCCUGCAUUUAGAUAAAA